UAUUCAUGGAUCUGUCAAGGUGUGUCAAACGCAUAAAAGACUUCGUACGAAGUUAACUUCAUCUAGAUCACUUAGUAGAAACUGUUCAGUAUGUUUUCUCUCGACUCUCCGUGGAAUAUUUCUUUCGCCGGCUGUGGCUUUCUGGGUAUCUAUCACAUUGGAGUGGCCAGCUGUCUUCAACAACAAGCGCCGUUUCUGGUUGAGAAUGCGCGUCACAUUUACGGCGCGUCCGCGGGCGCGCUCACGGCCUCUGCGCUGGUCAGCGGGGCAUGCCUGGGAGAGGCUGGGGCCAACAUCAUCGAUGUGGCUAAAGAAGCCCGAAAGCGUUUCCUUGGGCCCAUGCACCCCUCUUUCAACCUGGUCAAGAUCGUGAGGACCUUGACGCUACGUACGCUGCCACCCGACGCCUACAGCAGGGCGACCGGUCGCCUGGGUAUCUCUCUCACCCGAGUCUUGGAUGGUGAAAAUGUGCUGGUGUCACACUUUAACAACAAUGAAGAACUAGUGCAAGCGUGUAUAUGCAGUAUGUACAUUCCUGUGUACUGUGGCCUGAUACCUCCAACCCUGCAAGGAGUGCGGUAUGUGGACGGUGGCAUCAGUGAUAAUUUGCCUCAGUAUGAGCUGAAAAACACAAUCACAGUGUCUCCAUUCUCUGGAGAAAGUGACAUCUGCCCACGUGACAUCAGCUCCACAAACCUGCACGAGCUACGAUUCACAAACACCUCCAUUCAGUUCACACUCGCCAACCUCUACAGAGUCUCCAGAGCACUAUUCCCACCUGAUCCACUGGUGAUGAAGAACAUGUGCAAACAGGGAUACAAAGAUGCUUUAUACUUCCUGAAGAAAAAUGGUUUAUUACAGUAUCAAGGUCCACACAGAAUGCUGGGCAUGGCAAAUGGGGAAGCGGGAGACGAAGGUCAUAAUGAUGAAGGUCAUAAUGAUGAAGGUCAUAAUGAAGAGUCAGAGAGUAGAGAGAACAGAGGAACAGAAAACAACAAUCACUCCAACAUCGAGGAACACAUUUUUGAAAAUCUGCCUCCUCAAUUACAUGAAGCGCUUGUGGAGGCCUGUCAGGAGAGGCGGAGUAUGUUGCAGUCAAUAAGCAACCUGCUACCAGUCAGGAUGGCAUCUGCCAUACUGUUACCAUACACACUUCCUCUGGAGUCAGCUGUGUCUGUCAGCAUCAGAAUGUUAGAAUGGUUGCCAGAUAUUCAGGAGGAUGUGGGCUGGAUGAAGGAGCAGACAGUCAAACUGCUGCAGAGUGUGUUAACUCAAGCCGGGAGGAGUGUGUCACAGCAGGUGUCUGCACGCUUUUCCUAUCAGCUGGAAUUAAAACAUACCCUGUCCAUUCCAGCCAGCUUCAGUGUAGCCCGCCUGCUGCCGGGUUGGAUCGGCGGGGGGAGCUCAUCGGUCCUGGAUGCCAUGUUGCGUUUGGACCAGUACCAGCGCCAACUCCUGCCAGGAUUCUUCUGUGUCAAUCUGGACCUUCGUGGAUCUUUCACAACUAGACAACGAGACACAGAUGAGGGUCUUACCAUGCGACCUCUUUCACCCCCAAAUGCCAGCCUGUUCCCUUAACAACUGCCCAUGCUGGAGGACCAAUAUUCAUGCGACUUUUAAUCACUGAGGAUGUUCUGAGUUCACGACUUCUUUGAGAUUGUCAAAGAAGUGCAAGAAAACUGGACAUGUACGUUUUAAAUGUAUCUGGAAGAAGUACUGCAUGUUAGAGUACAAUUUCAUUUUAAAAGAAAACCCUCAAUCCAAUACAAAUUUCAACAGCAUAUGUGGCAAGUUGACACAAGUUUUGACUUGACAAAAUUAUUUCCUGUGAUUAUAAUUGACAUUAUAGCAACUUAACAUGUAUUGAACGUGGAACAUCCCUUUAAAGGAAUAGUUCACCCAAAAAUGAAAAUUCUCACAUUAUUUUUUUAAUAAUAUUAUUUAUUAUUUAAGCAGUUUUUUACUAUAAAUUCUCCUCCCUGUCCAGUAUUUAGCGAAAUGCACAAAUAAUAUAAAUCGCCCAAAACAAAAGAAGAACAAUGUGAAAGUGAAAGUGGAGAUUUAUAGUAAAAAAGGACUUAUAUAUUGAUCCGUUUCUCACCCACACCUAUCAUAUCGCUUCUGAAGACAUGGGUUUAAUAACUGGAGUUGUAUGGGUUACUUUUAUGCUGCCUUUAUGUGAUUUUUGGAGCUUCAAAGUUCUGGCCACCAAUGCCUUGCAUUGUAUGGACCUACAGACCUGAAAUAUCCUUCUAAAUAUCUUCAUUUGUGUUCAGCAGAAGAAAGAAAGUCAUACACAGUAAAUGUUGAGAGAAUUUGCCUUUUUGGGCGAACUGUCCCUUUAAGACUAUUGGAAAGAAAUGUAAUGUCUCUCAGAGUGUCCUUGGAUGUGUCUUGUGUGCUGUGGACCGUGGUCAAAGUAUUUAUGUUUUGAAGGACAGUUUCUAACUCAGGUGUGCAACUCAUCACAGCUUCAAAUCUGGAAAUGUACGUGAAAGUAACGUGCAACUCAGGACUUUUAUUCAAAACAAACCUUAUGACAAUGUGCCCUGUCAAUGCAACCAGCAAUGCUGCUACUGUAUUCAACUGUAUUAUGCUCAUGUGUUUAAAUGUAAAGCAUGUUUCUAACUGUUUUGUAUAAUUGCAUCUUGCCUGACUUUUUGUUUCUUUGUAAAUGUUCUUGUUUUUUCCCCAAUUUUAUUUUGUGUGUGAAAUGGUUGCCAGACACAGAUUAAGCUUAGUCCAAGACUCGGCCAAUCUGUUAAUCCAUUGUAAUUGCUUCAUAAUCUGAUGCUGUGCUUUUUUGUGUGUGAGCCUCGUAAUCUACAUUUGUGCAAAUAAAAGAUUGCAGCCAUUUCUGCUCAGUUUUCAAGACAUCAGUAUGUAAUCAGAUUACAAAGUUAGUUAAAAUACCUAAUAAAGUUUUCCUUUGAC